AUAGUAAAACAAUCAUAAAAAGUUAUGAUUGUCUUCAACUAGACAACGAAACCCCGAGAUCUCUGUUGUGCUUGCCUUCUCAUUGGCUGCACACUUCUCCACUUCUCUUCUCUUCUCUUCUCUCCUCCUCCGCUGCCACCACCUUCACGGCGUCGCCGCCACGGGGCUCCUUUUCUCCGGUGACUUUUGGGUUAAUAAACAAGAGGAAGGAAGAGAGAGGUUUCGCUUCAAUUCUGUGUCGUGUUGCAGUUUGUUGUUUUGUUGUCUGGGGAAUUUGGAAACAGAUUCUCUGUUUCAGUGGUUUAUAUCGUUUUCUAUCUUAUCUUCUUUGCUGGGUUCAUUGCUUUUAUUAUUCACAUAUACUUUGUUCGAAAACAACUGAUAUUAAAGUAAAGGAAAGGGCAUUCUGGAAUCUAGACCUCUAGCUUGUGCGCCUUGAGUUCUCUUCAAAAUUAUUUGAACAUUCUUCUUGUUAUUUCUGGGAAUUUUUUUUUUCUUGUGUUUUGGAGUUUACUAAGAAUUGACGCCGGGGAAAAAACGAGGAAAAGUUGUCAUGGAUCAAAGGCGAUAUCAGCAACAGCAGCAGCAGAUGACUUCCGGCUUGACGCGGUACCGGUCCGCGCCAAGUUCAUAUUUCGCAAGCUAUUUGAACAGUAAUACUUCUGAUACUAGCGGUAUCGGCGGCGGCGGAGGUUAUGCAAGGGACGAUUUCGAUCAGCUGCUAAAUGCUCAUAAUUCUAGCUCCGAUGUGCAGCAAGCUUUCGGGAGGUUCAUGGCCAGUCUAGAUUCGCAAGACAUGAAUUCGAAUAGGCCUGGGAACUCUUCGAGCAAUUUGAAUGUGAAACAGGAAUCCGAUGCGUAUGAGCAGCCGCCGCCGCAGCAAUUGCCGGAGAGUGGUGGCGAUUAUGGCUCGGUUUCGCAGAUGAACUAUUCAGGACAAGCUCAACAGAGCCAUAAUUCAGAUGCUACUACUACUACUACUUCGGCCAUGGAGGAUUCGUUUGGGUUGAUGAAUUCCGCGAAUCCAGAUCGUUUUCGCAGCCCGAAAAUGAAUACUGGCGUUGGUAAUUCAAAUCUCACCCGUUAUAACACUUCUCCUGCGGGGUUCUUUGCUCAAUUUGAUAUUGGAAACGAAUAUGGUGCAAUGAGAGGCAUGGGGAGUUAUGGAGCUGGUAGUAAUGCUAAUGCAGAAGCAUCGUUUUCUUCUCCAAGCAAGUUUAAGAAUCAUACAGGUUUCUCAUCAUCAGGACAGCCCGCUUCCUCUUCAGGCGCAAUGGCGUCUAUAUCUGAAAUUGGAGAAGAGGGACUGAAAGAAGAAACCAGUCCAGGGCAUGGAGGAUUUAGUGAAACUCAGAAAAAUGAUGAGUUCUCCAUGCCAUAUUGGGAAGAUUCAGACAUUUUGUCUGAUCUUUUCCUAAAUGGAUCAGAAGAAAAGCCAUUUUCAAAUCCAAAUGUAUCAGAUAUUCAGAAGAGCGAAGAUCAAACUCGCCCUCCUGGCCUGCUGUCUCAUCACUUAAGUUUGCCCAAAAUUCCUGCCCAGUUAUCUGCCAUAAUGCAAGAUUCAGUGCCCUGUAAGGUCAGAGCAAAGAGGGGUUGUGCAACUCACCCUCGCAGUAUCGCUGAGAGGGUUAGAAGAACCAAAAUAAGUGAGAGGAUGAGAAAGCUGCAAGAGCUCGUCCCAAACAUGGACAAGCAAACAAACACAGCAGAUAUGUUGGACUUAGCUGUUGACUACAUCAAAGAUUUAGAGUCCCAGGUCCAGGUGUUAUCGGAAAACCGGGCAAAAUGUACAUGCUCAUCAAGUAAAUAGAAAGUCACAGACAUAGAGGACCAGAGAAACCCGCAGUCACUAUUUGAGGAUGUGCACUGGUAAAACUCGCCAUGUGACCCGAGCUGACCAGCUCAAACCAAGAAGGGUUGGGAUUCAAUCUCGUGAGACAUUGUAGUUUCAAAGUUUGUAUCUUUAGCCAUCUUUGUUGGGGUUACAGACUACAAAGAGAUAAACCAGCGUAAGUUGCUCUAGUUAACUGGCUCAAAUCAAGAAAGUUGGGAUUCACACUCGUGAUCGUGUGGUUAUCUUAAGACAUUUUGGCUGGGUUUAACUUUGGUAUUUGGUAUGAGGGUGGGAACAGCUUACCUCUCAUCUCUGCCAAAAGGCUGGAAAGCAAUGCACUUAAAUUGACUAUUGAGAGAGAAAUUAAUGGAAUUUAUUGUGGUUGGACCCCCACCCCAUCUUUUUUCAUGGAAAUUAAUGUGAUAAACUGUCAACAUACAACAGUAGGUUGUAUUUCUCAUGUGUCUUUAUCAGUAAUUUAAGUUUCUUAUUUUUCCCUUUAAAUUUUUGAGCUACUUCCUUUGACAAUACCCAUAAUGGUUAGGUUCUUGGGAAUAGAUUGAGUGUUUCAUAAUGUUUUGAGGUGGCUAGCCGACGACCACACAGUUUCACUGUUUUUGUACCCUUUUCUCCUUUUGGAAUGGUUUUCUAAAAUCCAUGUUUCUUGGAGAA